AUGCCUUCCUUUGACGGCGAUGCCCACAAGAUUGAUAUAUUGUGGGCAAUGUCCUUUCGCUUCAAGAAGUCCGCGCCAGGCUGGCAGGGAAUGAUGCAUUUGUUGCACAAAGAUUGCGAUCAUCCAGGACAAUCUAACGUCGUCUUUCUACCAAUGAUUGACAUGUAUCCUGGAGAUAAGUCGUGCAUCUUCUCCACCCUCGAAUACUUGUGCAAUCUUGCUAAUGGACACAAAACUACAGCGGUUGUUACAUUCGAUCAGCCACUUAAUUGGAAAGCUUCAGAAAUUAAACAUGAGGUACCAGGAGAUAGCCAAACUCGAUGUGUUGUGUUGCUACGUGGAAGCUGUCACACGUUAAUGAAUCUUCUGGGUGCCAUAGGAACGUUGAUGGAUGGGAGUGGAAUCAAGGAGAUUCUAGGAAACAUUUACGGCGAAAAUGCAGUGCAGCAUAUCAUGACUGGAAAGGCAGUUCAACGACAAUAA